AUUUAGCUGCAUCCGAGACCCCAGCGCCGAUCUACUGCUUCCCCAUCACCAUGGAGGCUUCUCUUGUCAUCUGCAUCCUCGCCGCUCUCCUGGCUACGGGGACCUGUCUGCAGUGUGAGGUUUGCAAUGGACCAGGGAACAACUGCACGGGCAGCAUGGAGACCUGCCCAGCUGGGCAAGACUCUUGUGCCAUCUUCCUUACCGAAGUCAUCUCAGGUGCAGAGGGAAUGAAGAGUCAGAGCUUUCUCAAGGGCUGUGUGCCAUCCAGUGACUGUAAAGUUGGCACCAUCUCCAUGAAUUUUGGAUAUGGAAUGGCAACAAGAACGAGCGUCGUUUGCUGCGUGGGAGACGCCUGCAGAACAACCACAGUUACAAUGCCCCCGGCUGACACCAAACCCAACGGCCGGAGCUGCCGUGGCUGCUUCCCCUCAAGCCAGGGUCCAUGCAAGGAAGGAACCAUAGCGUGUACUGGACCUGAGACGCAUUGUAUUGACCUCGCUGGGACCGUAACGAUAAGUGGAAGUCAAGUGCAGACCAUCAUGAAGGGCUGCGCUUCCGAGUCCGUCUGCGCCAAUAUAAAAGUGGGUUCAGGGACCUUCACAGGGAUUAGUGCAGAUCUAACCACAGCCAAAUGCACAGCAGCCUCCGGCGCGGCGGGCGUGACUCCGGGACCAGCCGGGCUCCUCCUCCCGGCCCUCGCUGGGCUCCUCCUGCUGAAGCUUCUCUCCUGA